GGCGGCGGCCGGAGAAUGUCGGGCGCGCGGGGCGGUGGGCGCGUGGCCCCUCCCCUCAGCGAGCGCGCGGCGGCAGCGGCGGCGGCGGGAGGGGGAGGAGGCGGCGGCGGCGGCGAGGAGGCGGUGCCUGUGUCGGCGCUGGAGGUUGUGUCCUUCCUGGGGAAGCUGCUGUGCGCAGUCGCGGUGCUGAAGGCGGCUCUGUACCUGCUCCGCAGAGCGUGUCUAGCGAUGGCCUGGAAGUCGGGAGGCGCCAGCCACUCCGAGCUCAUCCACAAUCUCCGCAAAAAUGGGAUCAUCAAAUCAGACAAGGUAUUUGAAGUGAUGCUGGCUACAGACCGUUGCCACUACGCAAAAUACAACCCUUAUAUGGAUUCUCCACAGUCUAUAGGUUUCCAAGCAACAAUCAGUGCUCCACAUAUGCAUGCAUAUGCUCUUGAACUUCUGUCUGAUCAGUUACAUGAAGGAGCCAAAGCACUUGAUGUAGGAUCUGGAAGUGGAAUCCUUACAGCAUGCUUCUCACGAAUGGUGGGUCCCAAAGGACAAGUUGUAGGAAUUGAUCAUAUCAAAGAACUAGUAGAUGACUCAAUAAAUAAUGUCAAAAAAGAUGAUCCCACAUUGCUGUCUUCAGGAAGAGUGAAACUGAUUGUGGGAGAUGGAAGAAUGGGAUAUGCAGAAGAAGCUCCCUAUGAUGCAAUUCAUGUAGGAGCAGCAGCACCAGUUGUGCCCCAAGCACUUAUAGAUCAGUUAAAACCUGGCGGAAGAUUGAUAUUGCCAGUUGGUCCUGCAGGGGGAAACCAGAUGCUCGAACAGUAUGACAAACUAGAAGAUGGCAGUGUCAAAAUGAAGCCUCUGAUGGGAGUGAUAUAUGUGCCUUUAACAGAUAAAGAGAAGCAGUGGUCCAGGUGGAAGUGAUUUUCUGUUCCACUUUCUUCUUCCACACACAUACAAGGGAUGAAUUGUAAAAGCUACAUCAUCUUGACCCAAACAUAGUGUUACAGUGGACUGCUCAUCUCCAGUUCUAAAAGCUUUUUGAAAACCAACAGCAUUGCAGCUUGUUUUGGACUUCAUUCUACUGUUAUCAGCAUGGAAAAGCGUGGUGUUUGUUUUAUUUUUUUAGCUGCUCAAGGCAAAUCUGACAAAGAAAUGGCAGAAAGUUUUACUGGGCACUGUUUUAUUUAACAUGCCUUUAUUUUACUUUCAUCUGUUCAAAGUGAAUUUCUGCAGAACUGCAGAUCAAGACCUACUGCUUGUGAACUCUAAUUUUGAAGGGGGUACUUGAACACUCACUUUUCUUGGCUCCUGUGUCCCUUGAUAAAACUGCUUCUGUGCACCUUACAACACUACGUAGGCAAUACCAGGUUUUCUGUCUUCCAAUGUCUGCUAGAUGC